GUUCCGGGAAGCGGGAGGCGAGCGGGAAGGGACUUAACCGGUUUGGGGCCUGCUGGCGCUGAUGAGCGGGAAGGAGCUGCUCACUGCUUGCGUCGGGGAGCGGGUUUAGGCUGAGCCUGAGACAAAAUGAAGUUCAAUCCGUUUGUGACCUCUGACCGAAGCAAGAACCGCAAGCGACACUUCAAUGCACCUUCUCACAUUCGGAGGAAAAUCAUGUCCUCCCCGCUCUCCAAGGAGCUGCGCCAGAAAUACAAUGUCCGCUCCAUGCCCAUCCGAAAGGAUGAUGAAGUCCAGGUUGUCCGGGGACACUACAAAGGACAGCAGAUUGGCAAGGUGGUCCAGGUGUACAGGAAAAAAUACGUCAUCUACAUCGAACGUGUUCAGCGUGAGAAGGCUAAUGGCACAACUGUCCAUGUGGGCAUCCAUCCCAGCAAGGUGGUGAUCACCAGGCUAAAACUGGACAAAGAUCGCAAGAAGAUCUUGGAGCGUAAAGCCAAAUCUCGCCAGGUUGGCAAGGAGAAGGGCAAAUACAAGGAAGAAACAAUCGAAAAGAUGCAAGAAUAGAUAAUUUCCUGUUUGAUACCAUUAAAGAACUGCU